CGGCUCCGACACACUCCGUCCCGGUCUCGGUCUCCGGCCGCCUGGGGUGGGUCCUCCCAGCGUCCCGUCUUGAACGCCCCACCCCCCCCGAUCAUUGUCAGUCGGGCCCCGCCCACUUCCGGGUUUUCUGCUGGCGGAGGUGACGGACGUGGCAGCUCCUGGGGAGCUCAGCCUUAGCCUGGAGCCAUCCCUUCGCAGACACCCCCUCUUCCGCCGCCGCCAUGAAGGAGAGGGAGACGCCGGGCGUGGGCUCCAAGCGGGCGGCAGCAGACCCACCACCUGGGCCUCCCGAGAAAUCGGCCAACCUAGAGGAGUCGGCGGGGAGCUCGGGGGCCAAGGUGGAGACCAUCAAACUGGGGAGCGACAGUUCCACGGAGGAGCUUGACAUCCGGACGCUGCAGAGCAAAAACCGGAAGCUCGCUGAGGUGAUCGAUCAGCGACAGACCAUCGAGGAUGAGCUGAGGGAACAGAUCGAGAAGCUGGUGAAACGGCAAGCCACAGAUGACGCCACCCUCCUCAUUCUGAACCGCUACUGGUGCCAGUUUGAUGAGAACGUGCGGAUUAUCCUGCAGCGUUGGGAUCUGGAGCAAGAGCAGGAAAGCCGGGAUGUACUGUCUGAGAAGAAGAUGUUGGUGGUAUCUGACCCUGAGCCUGAUUCCGAUAGCAACCAGGAACGGGACCGUCGUGAGGAGAGAGAGAAAGCGUGCAGGGAGGGCCAGAGUGAGAGCGCGUUGCCGUUCCUGGCCAUGUUGGCCAGCAGCACCAGCGAGGAGAUGGAGCUACAGCUCCAGGAUCGGGUUGCCUAUUCCCGCCAGGCCGUGUCCAGCACCGCUGAUGUCUUCGAGAAGCUCCGUCUCCGGAUUGACCAGCUGGCCGAGUGGGUCACCAGCAAAGGUUCGCCCCUGCUGGAGGAUGCCCUGAGGGAGUUGAAUUCGCUCCUGUCGAAGGAGAAUGAGAGGUUGCUGGAGCUGACAGACUGCCUGCGAGAGAAGCAUCACAAGAUGUCACAAGAGUUCUCAGAGCUCCAGGGGAAGUUGGAGGAGGCAGAGAGUCGCCUGUUGGACAUGCAGACCACCAUCGAGGACCUGCAGUGGGACACUGACAAGAUUCGCAAACGGGAGCAAAGACUUAACAGGCACUUGGCAGAGGUGCUGGAGAGGGUCAAAUCGAAAGGUUACAAAGUUUACGGAGGAUCGAGUAAUCUGUACGGGGGGACUGUCACCAUCAACGCCAGGAAGUUUGAAGAGAUGAACUGUGACCUGGAAGAGAAUAAGGAGUUGGCCUUGAACCGACUCUCGGAGCUGGAGAAGAUGCGGCAGGAUCUCCAGAUGGUUACAGGGGACAACGAGAAGCUGAGGGACCAGUUGAAGUCUCUUGCCAAUGAGAUGGUGAAGGAUUCCCCGGAGUUCCGGUGCCUGCAGUCUCAGUUCUCCGUACUGUAUAACGAGAGCCUGCAGCUCAAGGCCCAGAUGGACGAUGCCCGCAGCCUGCUCUUCACCACCCGCACCACCCACCAACGCCAAGUGGAGCAGAUGGAGGUGAGCUGUGGUACCUGCCCCAUCCCAGAACCGCGCCCCUCGCCCCUCACCUUGUGCGACGCCUAUCCUCGGUCCGGGAUCUCUACUCCUCCUCUCUUCCCACUCCUCCGUCCUUGUCCAGGGCCCAUCAACCGGGAGAUGCGUCACCUGAUCAGCAGCCUGCAGAACCACAACCACCAGCUGAAGGGCGAUGUGCAGCGUUACAAACGGAGGCUGCGAGACAGCCACGCAGAGCUGGCCAAGGUGCGGCGGAAAGUCUGGGAGACCCACAGCGAGCUGGGCCUGGUCCGGUCGCGGGGAUCCAGCGGGUCGCAACCGCAGGCCGGAGGCACUGAGCAGGUCAAAGAGGAGGCCCCAGACAUCAAGCAGGAGCCCGAGGACGGUAGCAGCAAGAGGGAGAAAGAGGAGGCCGAGGCUGCCAAGCAACGCAGACAGCAGCAGCAGGAAGAGGAGAAGGAGAAGGAGAAAGAAAAAGAGAGAGAGCGGGAGAAGCGCGAGAAGGAGAGAGAACGGGCCAGGGAGAAGGGGAGGGAGAAAGACACCGAGAAAGAUCGGGACAAGGACAAGGCAGACAAAGAGAGAGACAGAAGCAAACCCGAGGACACCAAGAAAAAGGAGGCGGAGAUGGUCAAACAGCUACGAGGCGAACUCAAGAGAGCGCAGGAGAGUCAGAAGGAGAUGAAGCUCCUGUUGGACAUGUACCGCUCAUCGCCAAAGGAACAGAGGGACAAAGUUCAGCUGAUGGCAUCAGAGAAGAGGGCAAAGGCAGAGCUGGAGAGCCUGAGGCAGAGGCUGAAGGAGCUGGAGGAGAAGGAGAGACAUGAGGGCAAGAAGAUGGCGGACGUGGAGGCUCUGCGCCGGAUGAAGCUGGUGGAUGAACAAAUGGAACACAUGCUGAAAAAGGUCGCCAUGGCGAAGCAGGAGGAGGAAGCUCUCCUGUCGGAGAUGGAUGUGACUGGCCAGGCGUUUGAGGACAUGCAGGAACAGAACAUCCGGCUGAUGCAGCAGCUUCGAGAAAAGGACGACGCGAACUUCAAGCUGAUGUCUGAGCGAAUCAAAUCCAACCAGAUCCACAAACUGCUGAAGGAGGAGAAGGAGGAGCUGGGAGACCAGAUGCUGACCUUAAAAACACAGGUUGACGCCCAGCUCCAGGUAGUGAAGAAGUUGGAAGAGAAGGAGCAGUUACUGCAGACGAACCUGACGGCCAUGGAGAAGGAGCUCUCCCUGCGAACCCAGACCCUGGACAUGCACAAGCGCAAGGUGAGGGGACAGGGAGCUGGGGGCCUUCCCUCCUCUCCAAUCCCAGCAGGUGGGCUCGUCCGCGGCAGCAACUCAUGUCACAGAAGCAGUUUCAUUUUUGAGCACAUUCUUAUGUCCCUCUCCCCCUCCCCCUCCCUCCCCCUGUGUCUCGGUGACCAGGCGAAGCUGACCUGCCCGUGCUGUAACAUGAGAAAGAAGGAUGCUGUGCUGACCAAGUGCUUCCAUGUUUUCUGCUUCGAGUGCGUCAAGACUCGUUAUGACACACGCCAGCGCAAGUGCCCCAAGUGUAACGCUGCCUUCGGUGCCAACGAUUUUCACCGGAUCUACAUUGGCUGAGGGACCCCCGCCCCGCCACCCCAUCUCUCCCCCAGCAUCCCCUGCACUGAGGAGUGGGUGGGUGGGUUGAUAACGGGGAUGCUGUCGCUGAAGGUCCUCUUUCCCUUCCCAGCAGCCCCUCCUUCACUGGUCUGCCAGUGAAGUUUGCGGAGUCUGGGGCUGGGUGCGAGGGGGAACGGUUGUAGUUAUUUUUUUCUCUCUCUGUUUCAAGUGUUAACGUUGGGAAUAAACAUGUGGCGUGAGGGCCUGAGGCCUCUUUGUGUCAGUCACGUCAGCGUUCUCUCA